AUGGGUCUCUGCAAAUACGUCUUCUCCAAGACGACCAACUCUGACGUCGCGUGUUCCUUCUCCAUUGAGGUGAAGAACGAAUAUCGAGGCAACACAAUUGUGUCUUUCGGUAGGAUGAUGGACCUGAAGAUGGGAGGUUUCGUUGUCAGACUUCACAAGGACGGAUGGACUAGGGUCAGUGGCCUCACACAAAGAAUGCCCUUUAACCUCAAACUCAAAGGCGGACAUACUCUCAGUGCCACAAAAUCUGGAGCCAACGACUUUAAGAUAUCAGUGCCAACCUGUUCCUUCGCUUUGUCAUUCGGUGGUCAAUAUGGAGGUAUUGUGACAUCUCUUGGCCACUGGCAGUAUGGAGGUGCUGGAAAGCUUACUGGAAUGUGUGGUGACUGCGAUGGAAUGGCAGAUGCCUUGACUAGCUUCAAUAAUUAUCAGGUUCCCGAUGACUCGUGCCAUUACUGUAAGAAGAGCGAGGAUCCAGUCAUCAAAUGUUCGGAUAAGAACAAUGCCCUCAUUGCAUCAGACACGUACUGCGGUUACAUCAAGUCAACCACUGGACCAUUCGCAGAGUGCAUCAAGAGCGGAAAGGUAGAUUGGAAGUCAGCCUAUGCUGCUUGCCAGAUAGAUGCUUGCGCUUUUGUGGACAAACCCGAGUCCAUUAAAGAAGUGAUAUGCGCUGAUGUGGGAGAAUUCGCCAGCGAAUGUCAGCUGAAUGGUUACCAACCUUCGAAGGUUUGGAGAACAACCACAUUCUGUCCAAUGAAGUGCCCUGCUAACAGCGUAUAUGAGUCCAAGAUGCGUCCAUGCCAACCGACGUGUAUCAAGCCCGAACCAAUCUUCUGUGAGGAUGAGUUGAUGGAAGGCUGCAAGUGUAAUAAAGGCUUCAUCCGAGAUGGUGAUUCGUGUGUCCCCGAGCAGUCAUGUGGCUGUUGGGAUGCAGACAAAAACUAUUACACGAUUGGUGAUGAGCGCAUAAGCUCCGACUGCACGACACUUUACAAGGUCCAGUGA